GGCAGAGCCGCUGUGAGGAGCAUGGGGAGCUGCUGGCUGUGCCUCGCCGCGCUGCUCGCCCUGGGCGCCCGGGCCAGCCUGGAGUACGCGGGUCAUGUACCUCAGUGUCUUGUUCUUGGUGUCGGGAUCUUACAGGUCAUUAAGGAUGGUUGCACUUGAGUUAUUUACAUUUUGCUUUUGCUGUUUGGCCUGAUGGCUGUUCACUGCCAUUGACACUAUGGAACCACUUUAUAGUGAAACCUCUGACGAGCCCCCUCACCUGUGCCUGCUCUGCUCUCUCUGCUCAGCAUUUCACCUACAUGGUUGCUGUAACAGAGCAGCUGUGACUUGGCACGUGCCACUUAACAUUCCAAUAGGAGCACCAAGAGAAAUUUACUAUUUCACUUCAUUAUCAAAUCCAUUUGCCCCUUCCAAAUUCACUGUAAAGUAGGUCUGCUAUGACUCUGAGCUUCAGAGAAGCCCAUGCUGAUGACAUUGCAGAGAUUAUUGCAUCCUAAUCUUGCAUGUCUUUCUCUCAAAGCUUUCUUUUAUUUUUAAUUUAUAUUUCCUUUCUUGCUGCAGUUUUUUUUUUCUCUUCUUUUUUAUUGUAGGAUCAGGAUAUUCACCCCUUGAAGAUGAUGAGGAUGUUUAUGCACUCAGUAGAUACAAAGAUCAAGAUUUAAUUUCUGCUGUUUUUAACAAUGGAAAUUAGACCAAAUAUUGAUCCCAGCUAAUUCAUGCUCCCGAAAACACCGUGGUGCUCGCCCAUUAAAGUGAAACACGGUUAUGCAAACUGCAGGACACCUCAAGGGGAAUAUUACAAGAAUGUGUUGGGCACAAGAUGUGAUAUUCGCUGUCAGAAGGGCUACGAGCUGCAUGGCCCUCACCAGCUGGUUUGUCAGUCGAGCAAACGCUGGUCUGGGAAGGUGCUCUGCAAACAAAAGCGUUGCCCUGCCUUGUCCAUGCCAACCAACGGGGGCUUCAAGUGUUUGGAUGGUGCCUACUUUGGCUCGAGGUGUGAGUACUACUGCUCCCCAGGGUACCAGCUCAAGGGGGACCGCAUCGUCACCUGCAUGGACAGCAAGGCCUGGAGCGGCCGCCCGGCAGCCUGUGUGGACACUGAGCCCCCGAGGAUCCAGUGCCCGAGCGUGAAGGAGAAGUCGGCGGAGCCCAACAAGCUGACAGUGCGCGUGUUCUGGGACACGCCCGAGGGACGGGACACCGCCGACGGCAUCCUCACCGAUGUUAUUUUGAAAGGCCUGCCACCAGGGUCACAUUUUCCAGAAGGCGACCACAAAAUCCAAUAUACUGUGUAUGACAGAGCUGAAAACAAAGGCACCUGCAAAUUUCUUGUUAAAGUCAGAGUCAGGCGCUGUGUGAAGUUGAAUGCCCCAGAUAAUGGCUACAUCAAGUGCUCAGGUGAUGGCAAUAACUAUGGUGCUACCUGUGAGUUCUCCUGCAUUGGUGGCUACGAGCUGCAAGGCAGCCCAGCUCGAGUCUGCCAGUACAACUUGGGGUGGUCAGGAGUGGAGCCAACCUGUGCACCCAUGAAUAUUAAUGUGAAUGUGAGGACUGCAGCUGCACUUCUGGAUCAAUUUUAUGAAAAGCGGAGACUGCUGAUUAUUUCAACUCCUACUGCUGCUAACUUCUUCUACAGGAUGCAGCUGGGGAUGCUGCAGCCAGCACAGUGUGGGUUGGACCUGCGACACGUCACCGUGGUGGAGCUGGUGGGUGUCUUCCCAAAACUGAUAGGAAGAAUAGGAGUGAAGCUGCUGCCCCCAUCACUUACCCUGCAGCUCAGGCUGCUGCUGAGGAUCCCCCAUUUCAGUUUCAACAUCGUGGUGAUGGACAAGCACGGCAUGGACAAGGAGCGCUACCCCUUCCCAGCAACCCCAGCUGAGCUCUUUGCCCUUAUUGACAAGUUCCCCUUGAGGAAAGAUGAGAUGAAACUGCAAGCAGAAAUUGGUCACUCAUGUCCCUAAUUCAGCAUUUCAGGGCCUGCAGUUGUCGGUGAAUUUUUUUUGAUCCACAGAAUUCUCUCCUUGGUGCUACACAAAGCAUGGCUUUUAAUCACUGAUGUGAUUUUCUGUGUCUUGGUAAAUCUGGCCAGCCAUGCAGCUGUUCUGCAUAGAAGGGUGCUCUUUUGUACUUUCAGUCAUCUUUAGAUCAUAGAAUGGCCUGGGUUGGAAGUGACUUUAAAUCUCAUUGAGCUCCAGCCCUGCUGCCGUGGACAGGGACUUGUUGCACUAGAUCAGGUUGCUCAGAGCCCCAUCCAACCUGGCCUUGAACACUUCCAGGGAUGGGGCAGCCACAGCUUCUCUGGGCAGCCUGUGGCAGUGCCUCACCACCUGCACAGUGAAGAAUUUUCCCCUAAUAUAUAACCUGAACCUGUUCUCUUACAAGUUCAAGCCAUUCCCCCUUGUCUGUCACUCCAGGUUCUUGUAAAAAAUCCCUCUCCAUCUUUCCUGUUGGCUCUGUUCAGGGACUGGAAGGCCACAAUUAAAUCACCCCUGAGCCUUCUCUUUUCCAGGCUGAACAAUCCCAUUUCCUCAGCCUUUCCUCACAGGAGAGGUGCUCUGUCCCUCUGAUCACCUUGGUGGCCUUCUCUGGACUUGCUCUGACUGGUUGAUGUCCUUCCUCCUGCUGGGGACCCCACAACUGGAUGAAUGUGGAUGUAGAAUUUAUUGCCUAAUGGAACUUCUUGUACAGAGAGUAAAGAACUGAGGCACGUUUCUGAGAGUUUAUUUUGGAUUUUUCAUUCAGUAUAAAAUUGGGGUUUCUUUCUUACUGUUUAUAAUACUUUUUAUUAAUAAAAUAUUGUUUUGCAAACA